AUCAAUACAUUACGUUAUUUGUUUUCUAAAAUAAGUUCAUCAAGAGACUGUUCAAGUAAUGAAGGAGCCAACUUCGGCCUGUCUUAAAGGAUAGAAACAUGCUAUUAAUGCUAAAGCACAGCAAAUUGUCAUCAUGGACGACUCGGACCAGGAUUUUGUGGAUAUCUACUCGAAAUUGCUGAAACGUGCACGCAAGAAAGCGGCUGAGCCCACCAGACAGACCAAGAAACCAGAACAGGCUCUGAGUCAAGUUCAAGGAGACAAGAGGAGGAAUCAUGAGCAGGUUGCAGCUUCCCAGCCUGUUGGUAAAGCUGAGCAGGAGGAGGUUCGUGGAGGGACUAGAUUUGAUCCAGGAGAACCUUCUGCUGUGCCCUCAGAUCACGGAGCACAAUCUGACAGGGAUCUGAGGGCAAAAGACAAAGUGCUUCUUAAGAUGCAACAUUUUAAGAGAGUCAGUCCUCAAAAGAUGGUGCACAACAUCCAUGUAACAAAGCAGGACACCUGUGCUCUCACUGCUCUGCAUCAAAUACAAGAUCCUCCGGCGUCUCUGCACUCGGCUCUUCACGCUGACAGCGAUGAGGCUCUGGCCCUUCAGCUGCAGCAGCAGCUGGACAGAGAAGCAGCUGAAGCCCAGACCGUAGACUUGGAGGAUGGAGGUCUCUUCUUCUGUCAGAUCUGUCACAGAGACUUAUCACACAUGACACCCGAGGGACGCACACAACACCUCAACAGGUGUUUAGACGAAAGUGAAAAUAGUGGCCCAGCCACCCCUCCAGCCUCUGCUGUCCCUGACUGUCCCAUCUGUGGCAAGAAGUUCAAGUCCCAGAAGAGCCGCGAGGCCCACCUGAAGCGUUGCUCCGCAGACAUGGGCGUGUCCGCGGCGAUGCUGCUGCAGGCUCUGCAGAGACAGGCUCAGGAGAGUCAGAGUGCUGCCACUGCUAACACACGCUUACAGUCUGAAGUUAAAAAAAGAAAAGAUCCGCCGAAGUCGGGCGUUCCAGCCAGGAAGAAACCCAGAAAAAAGUUUGAGCCUCUGGAUGAAAAGACCAUGGUGGCUCUGGCACUGUCCCGCUCCAUGGCCGAACAAGAGAAGGAGCUGCACAAAGAAAAGGAGGCAGAGAAACAUUUACAGACCGAGUGUGUUCCUCCUCACAGCUCCGUGGAUCCAAUGUUGAAGUGGAGCCUUGACACAGCUAAGGGGCGUGGAAAAAAGAGAAAGGGCACCGUCCCUCGUCCUCCUCCUCUCCUCCUCGUUCAGGAUGCUGAGGCGGCCCUGACGAGGAUACAGGAACGAGUUUCUGCUCUUCUCCUUCGCUCUCUCUCCCCGGCUCCCCCCACUCCUACGAGAAGCCCCAGCUCUCUGCCCCGCUGGACAGGUGCUGCCCUCCUCUGGGAGAAAAGUGCACUGCUGGAUGGAGACGCCACCUGUCUGUCUGACUUCUACUCUGCAGAGCUCAAACAGUUCUUCACGUUGUUGGAGUCAGUUCAGGCUGAUGCAGCUCCGUCCACCACCAACAACAAGCCUGAAUGUUUUGUUCAGCUCGUGGAUGAAGGAACUCCAGUUUCAGCACAGAGGACCUCCGUCUUGCCAACCUGCUCCCAGAUGACCUCCUGCUCCUCGGCCUCCUCCACCCCUGGAGCAGGGCAGCUCCCGGUGGGCAGCCAGGCCCUCAGAGACCUCAUGGACUUGGCUGAAGACGGCAUGACACUCACACAAUAUGGAUACACCGCUAAAGAAACUCUCCUGAGUGACUUCAUCCAGGAGAAGUCGGAGCGUCGGGCAGAACUCGGCGUCAGCGGUUUCCUGUUGGAAACGACACACAAACCCUCAGAUGACCCCCAGAGGCGAGAGAGGACGACAAAUCAGCCAGAAGCCGACGCUGAAAGAAGCAGCUACAGACCAGUGGCGCUGUCCAGGCUCGUGUCUGACGUGAGCAGCAUGGUGAACAACCCUCAGCUCAGUGAUGUGCAGCUCCAGGUGGACAGUGGACAAGUCUUCUUUGCUCAUUCCUUCAUGGUGUACGCGCGCUGUCCCCUGCUGGCAGAAAUGGUGCAUGAAAGUGGGAUCGGUGUGAAGGAGGAGGACGUGCCCGCAGCUCAGAGGGUGUUGCUGAGCGACGUGCCGGGCCAGGCGGUGUUCGCUCUCCUGCAGUACCUCUACACAGCCCACUGCUCCGUCCCAGCGGCACUGCAGCCUCACAUGCUAGAGCUGGCGUCCAGGUUCGACUUGCAGGAACUGGAGCAGCUUUGUCAUCUCCAGCAGGAGGCAGAAGACGUGGGAGACGACGUUCUCCACAUGAACCAGGAGGAAACCGCCGCCAACCAAACGGACCAGGCGUUCAUGGAGCUCCUCCGGUCUAUGUGGAGCGGAGAGGAUGAAGAUGUAACGAAUCCAGACGGAGGAGGACGGCUGGAGGAGACUGAGCGAUCUCAUGAGGUCACCUCAGGUGACAGAGAGCUGGGUGAGGAACGAGUGAACGAAGAAGAGCUGGAAGAAAUCUACGAGUUUGCCGCCACGCAGAAGCAGAAGAAGGAGGAAGACAGCGAAGAGGAAGAGGAGGAUGAGGACCAAAGUGGAGACGUGGUGUUUACCAAACUGACUGAACCCCAACAUGGGCGUGGUGACAAAUAUCUCUUCUCAGAGUCAUGGGGGGUCUACGAGGGAGAUCGUUCCUCUGGCACACCUAAAACACAUCCUGUUCCAUCCAAACACCAGACUCCCUGGAAACCAUCGUCCAGACAGUCUGCCACGACUUUACUUCAAUCUUCAGAAAGUUUAGAAGACCUGUCGGUCUGCCCUCCUCUCGUUACGUCCAACCUGCCCAUCACUGGACUGUCUCCUGGUCCAGGAGGUGACCAGGAGGACGGUGAACCCACGAGGAGAGAUGCUGUGGAAUCACAGGUGCCUACAAAGCUAGAAAGCCUGGUUCCUCCUCCUGAGUCCCCUUUAAAGAAGGAGGAGCCUGAGCUCAUAGUUCUGUCUGACUCCAGUGAGGAGAUGGAUGUGGCUGUUGCUGUUCUCCACCCCUGCAGGCUUUCCUCCACCCAGAACCAGCAGAGCUACACAGAGCUCAGAUCCAGGCCGGACCCAACGCCCAGCGAGGACAAAGAGUCCAGGAAUUUAGAGCCAAGUCCUGAUGAUCCACGAGACUGUUCUCCAGAGGUUUCCUGGCUGAUCCCCUCCACUCCUCUUCAGUCCCACAGAAGCUCCAGGUCCAGUUCCUCUCAGACCAAAAGCAGCAUGUACAGAACACAGCUGUUCCCCAAAGGUGAAUCUUCACCGCCCUCCUCUUCAGUUUUCUUCUCUCCCGCUUCUUUAACUUUUAAUAACGAGCUCCACGCCUCAAAUAAACCACAAGUUCCAGCGCGUGCAACCGCGAGGCUCAAACCGAGCGCGUCUCCUCCGAGGAGCUUCGAUGGAAAAGCUCGUCUCAGAAAAACGGACGCGAGUCAGAACAAAGACGUGUCUGCAGUUAGCUCGUCACGCUUCUCCCUCCCAGUCGUCUCAAAGCAAGAAACUCCUUCUGGGCUGCAGCCUCCGCCGUACAGCAGCACUCCUGCACACGCACAGCCCCCCGUCCCUCCUCCCCCCCCGCUCCACACUCACCCCGAAAAACGAGAGAUUAUGGAGAAGACAGAGUUAGAAAGUGAUCCACCCUCCUCUUCCUCUUUCAGCGAGUUUCAUCAGUCAGAGUCGUCCAGCCCGAGUCGUGGUUCUGCAGAGUCCAGCAGCAGGGACUGUCCACGGGACGACCUCGAGAAGAACGAGCAAGAAGAACAAGAACAGGACUGCAGCGACCAAGGAGUGGUGGAUGCUGGAGAACUCAGUUUUCAGCAGAGCUUCGUGGACGAGCCCCCCAUAGCUUUCAACGACUCGUGGGGUCUCGAUGUCUGCGCAGAGACUGAUCCGGGCGGCGUCAGUCCGAGGCUUGACGACGGCGGAGGGUCAAGUCUGCAGGACGGCUCGAGACGACAAACAAGCAGGACAUCGUCCUCGUCCAUCUCCAGCUCGACUCUCAAUGACCGGGUUCAGAUGAACGCCAAACGAGGAGGCGCCACUUCCUGUCCACCUCAGAGUCGCACCCCACAACUACUACACCCCCCACCACCUGAACCCAGCACACGGAGCACCCCAGAGGGCGACAACGGGGUCCUGGACUCUAAAUUAUGGGACAGCUGGGAGGAAGACGAAGAAGUGGAGAGCCUUCCUCUCUGUCAGAGGGUGACUGCUCAGCUCAAAACUCCUGAGUUACGGAACAAGAAGCGGCGCUCCGUGGUUCCCAUCACCCCCAUGCCUCAGUUCUCCGACAUGGACACACCGGAGCUCAAGAACAAACUCAACAGGUUUGGGGUUCGGCCUUUACCGAAGCGUCAGAUGGUCCUCAAACUAAAGGAGAUCCACCAGUACACCCACCAGCUGACCAGCUCUGACUCCGAGGACGAAGCCCCGCAGAUGAAGCCCCCUUCCAGCCGCCUCGUUUCCUGCGCCCAGAUGGCAAAGUUUAAAGAACCCCAAGCUCCGGCUGUCGUGUCCCCUGUCAAAAGUGACCACAAGGAGGAGGCCGAGUUACUGUCAGCCUCACAGGGAUCGAACGCCUCCUCAACAGCCGCCAGCGAAGAAUCUGAAAGGUCCAACCCAGAGCAGGUUCUCUCGUCCGAUGGCGACUCAGACAGCGAUGGUGGCAUCUCGUCCUCCCAGGCGGUGUCGCGUCUCCAGGCGGUGCGCUCCUUCAUCCUGUCCGACCCCAAGCUGUACAACCAGAUCCUGCAGUACCAGCCUCUCGUCCUGGCUCAGUUCCAGGCGCAGCUUAAGGCGGCGGGGAUCCGCCUGGGUGCCGCCAAGCUCAUGGACUACCUGGACUCUCAGUGCAUCACCUUCACCACGGCCAAGCCGGGCCACUCUGCAGCCAGCAGGGGCCGGCGGGGCCAGAAGAGAAGCAAAGGGACCCGAGCAGCAAGCAGGAAGAACGACGCAGUAAAACUUUAACUGAAACCAGUUGUAACGUGGAAACUUUUAGUUAGAAAAACGGAUUUUUAAAUUAUGUGCUGGGUCUAAAAAAAAAAAAAACAUGUUUAAAUAAUGUAAAUACUUUGUUUUUAGGAAAGAUUUUCUAUUUGUUCCAUUUUAAGAUGUCACAUGU